AUGCAUUUAUCCUCCGUGCCUGUCGCUCCUUUUUAUGAGCCUGAAGGCCCUCCCCAGGCCCUCCCAUUAUUGACGUAUCACACAGAGAUGUUUUGUCCAACGACAAUGUUAAUCUCGAUAUCUUGGCAAGAAGAAAUUGUAUUCUUCCCUUGUAGUCUCAAACUCACAAGGCGGACUCCAACGCCUUCACGCGUGUUCACUACCCCGUCUCGUGCAGUGACACCCAUCCCUUCUAGCUCACCUACCCCCAAAGUCGCCAAGGCUGUCUCAUUUUCUGCAGAGCAGAUCAGCCAGGUGUCAAUUGGUUCUUCUUUGUCAUCCAUAGCUUCCCAUGAAUACAAAAUCUCCAAACCAGAUGGUGAGGCUGGACGUCCUAGCUGUGGUGGAUACAACCUGGAAAAGGCACUCAAGUGGGAUGCUGGCCGCUUCAAGGCAUUUAAGGAGUGUGUUUACGCUUUGAUCCAGAAACACUGUGACACUAGCAAGAGCAAGACAUCUCAAACCCCUGCCGUGAUAGUUGCAGUCCAGACAGAGAACUUAAUGAUUAUGAUGGCUGUUGGCCAAUUGGAGAUAUAA